CAUGUGAACUUUGCCUCUCUGACACACUGUGCGACUCUGACGGGAGACGGCAACAGAGAGAGAAACGGUUGUUUCUCGAGUUAGUCCGAUUAUCCUAUCUGUUGAUAUGGGGGCCUGUGGAUAAAUGGGUAGAAGCCGACCAAUCUUUCAGGAAAUAUGAUGCAGAACAUGUUCCAGGAGGGGCUGUACCAUGUGUUUUUUAAGGAGACACCUGCAGCCUGCCCACCGGCCGAGGCCACCGAUCACGAGGAGCUGGACAACGUUAGGAUUCAUCGUUGGUUCGGGACCGUGGUCAACACCAGACUCUUAGUGGCCGGGGUGGUUCAAGUUCUCAGUGCUUUAGUCUGCACACUUGCCACAGUCACACAUGCGUGUGUGAGCUACAACUGCUCCGUCUCCAUGACAACACCAGUGUGGUCGAGCCUGUGUUAUGUGGCUGCUGGGUUUCUGGCAAUAGAGGUUCAGAGAAGAGCUAAUAGAUUAAAGAUCAUCACCCUGAUGGCUCUGAACGUCUUCAGUCUGCUUUUUGGAUUCUCUGCUCUUCUGGCCAAUAGUCUCAGGUCUACACAGCCUGUUGCACUCAACACAAACCAACAGCGAGCUGGCUCAUAUGUGGCGAAGGGGACUUCUGUAGCAUUUAGUGUGCUGUGCUUUCUGUCGUCAGUCUACAUACUUUUGCUGUCGUGGAGAGGCCUGCGUCGCUACAGCGCCCCCAAUACUCAGGCCUACAACCGGCUCACACAGGAUGCAGAUGAAACCAAUGGACCUCUACUGGAACAAGUGGAAUUUAGUCUGUGAAAUUUACAAUUUUAAAAUAUCUUUUUAAAUGUAAGUAUCGCUUUUUUCUGAAAAAUCCACUUACUGACUGCACAGGGACUUUCAAACUGUGGUCGACACACUCCUCCUGUUGUAGACCUUGUUACUGAUGUUGGUCCGGGACCGUGUGAACAGUGUGUGCACUCCCGAAUUUAAGAUUGUUUGAAAUGUGAUGAAAUGAUAUCACGCUGCCUGAACGAUGACUCAGUAUCACUUCUCCUUCGGGAUUCUCGGAGACUUAAACAUUUACUUACACCCAAACGAUGAAGAAAUGCAUCAACGUAUUCAAAAGCUACAACACUGACUGCAUGUUGAAUAGAUAAUAGUGCAUAUGAAAUUUGCCAAUAAAAUUGACAUAAGUUGCUGAAAUCUGUGAUAUUAUGCAAAACUGGACUUACACAUCAAUAAAAGUAAAACUUCUGUCUAUA